UCAGCAGGAGGACAGCAUGGAGGUCACAUCUCUGAUGAGGACUGCGAUGAUGCUGCUGCUCGCACAAGAUCACUUCAGUUAUUGUCAGAAAGCUGUGGACGCAGCGUUUCCUCGCGUCGACCCAAACAGACAGCAGCACUUUGAAUACGAGCCGCUGGGCGUCAGCUGUGAGGGACUGGAGGGCCUGACGGGGUGGAGGGUGAUGAGGAGGAGCAGAGGAGCAGUUACAACAUGUUCUGCACGCUGGUCCACAUCCACAGGAGCCUGUAGAAUCAGGAAUGUCCUGCAGGGAGACACUGGAGAAUACUGGUGUGAGAUGGGACCGAAGCGCAGCGACUCUGUCAACAUCACAGUCACUGACGGUCCGGUGAUCCUGGAGAGUCCCGUCCGUCCUGUGGCGGCGGGAGAAGCUACGACGCUGAGCCGCAGCGGUAAGCAGGGGCCCCCCUCCCUCACAGCGGCGUUCUAUAAGGACGGCCGCUUGAUGGAGACAAGCUCCUCCUUGAACUUCACCAUCCUCAGUGUCUCCAAGUCGAACGAAGGCCUCUACACGUGCAGCCUGUCCGGAGCGGCGUCCCGCGGGAGCUGGCUGCUGGUGAGAGCUGAGGAGCCUCGGCCCCUCCAGCUGCUCUCCAUUGGUGUCGGGGUUUCCUUCGUGGCUUUGCUGCUGCUUUUGGGGAUUCUGCAGCGUUGGAAGCACCGAGCAGCCCCCAGAGAACCCCCCCCCUUCCAGGCUUCGUCUUCUCCUCACGCAGAUGAGGGACACCGACCUUCCUCCAUCGCAGCACAACUACACACUCGAGCCGUGUAUUCUGUCCCUACACAAAUGAUC